UCGCACUUGUCACUUCGGUGUCAUGGCUGGCAGUAGGCGAGACGUGACACCUCCGCUGAGGUCCCUCAGUUCGGACGAGCCCACGUACGUGGACUUCGUGAACGAGUCCCGACGGCCGGCGCGCGCUUGGUGGCUCAACUUUUGCGGACGACCCGUGUCGUACGGUGACAUAGAACCGGGCGGAUCGAUGAAAAUGAACACAUUCCUAACUCAUCCGUGGAUCUUCAGAACCUCUGAAUGUCGAUCGAGACUUCGAGUGAACACACAGGACGUGUUCUUCCCAUCUUCAGCGGUGUAUGAGGACGGGUACCCGGUGUACGUGAAGGUGUGCAUCACCUCCCCCGUUUAUUCCUUAAAGGAUUGUUGCACCACGGUGAUCCGUAAAAAGGUGAAAAAGGAGGAUUUUGUCAAACUCGAGAUUCCAGAAUGUCUCCAGAAAGACCUUGCCAAGACUCCGAACCUACUGGAGGAAUUAAAGAUCCUCAACUUGCAUUUUAGAGCCAAUGAUCAGUGA